AUGGACAGCUGGACUCUACAGGGGGACAGCUACUCCUUCCUACGCAGCGCGCCCCGCACCUUUUCCCUGUGUCACCGUGACGGGACGCCCAAUCACGUGGAGAUCUUUGACAUCACCAACAUCCCUAGCCACCGCAGUGCCAUCUCUGAAACGACCUGCCUGUGUGAUAUUUUUGGGGACGACUGUGAGUCACACUCCCUGUCAAGCAGCCCAGCCUCAGGGCCUUUUGUGCCUCUUCACAGAGAGGUGGAGAGGGGAGCUGCUGUAUCACCCCUGGUGGACGACUCAUCAGGCUCCUACCACACUGCCCCUGGCUCAAAACUAAGAGGGAGAGUUUCCCUACCUGACCUCUUAAGUAGAGGCUCCACACCUGACAUAGAAGAGUCUCCCUGUUCACUUGAGUUCAUACCUUACCUCUCUUCUGCAGGGGAGGAUACCACAAUAACUGACAAUCAAGAUAACAGGUCAGCCACUGAGCCUGGCAGUAUUGUAUCCACGCCUUCUCCUAGUUUCACACCUCCGCCACCUGUUACCUCAUCAUCCCCUUCACCUGAACCUACGGAGAGGAGUGUCUCGUGUGAAGUUAAAAGUUUAACUCCCUCACCUAGCCGACUGAGCACUACCUCUCCAACGCAGGCUUGGAUACAAACACCCUCACCUGUUCCCUCACCUGAAAUAACAAACACAUCUCCGACUUCUGAAUCCAGAAAUCGUCAGGCUCCCUCACCUUACCUGAUUCAUAAUUUAGCCCCAUCACCCAAGGUGAGGAACAGUAGCUCACUAGUAGAGCUGAGGCAUACUGCCAGCUCACCUGAAAUCAGGAUUACAGCAUCCUCACCAGAGGUGAAAAGAAAAGCAGAGUCCCCUGAAGUGAAUUUAAAAUCAAACUCUCCGGACUGUCACCUUGAGUCCAUCUCUCCAUACCUCAGAAGUCUCAGUUCAUCCCCACAUAUCACAGGAAUCUGUUACAGUGUUGUUCAACCUGAGGACAGGGACCCAUCUCUGUCUCCUGAGCUCUCUCGUCUCUCCUCUCCCGAGCCUGGCAGGGCAUACCUGUCACCUGAACCAAGGAGCCCCACCCCACAGACCAGAGAUAAUAAACAGACCAGAGAUAAUAAACAGACCAGCAUAGAAGAGACCACUGACACAUCAAGAGAAUCACCUCAUCUAGCAGUUGGCAUGUGUACUGUCCCACAGGCUAAGCACAUUGAAACAACUCUGUCACCUCCACCCAGGAACCAAACUCCCUCUUUUGAGCCAAAGCCUCACACUCCCUCACCUGAGCCUAGGAAUCAGUCCCCUUUAUCUGAGAGGUAUCAAACACUUUCUCCUCAACACAGACUGAGAGAUCCUUCACCUCUUUCCCCAUCACCUCAAUUGAGGUCUAAUCAACACUCACCGGUUGCCCCCUCACCUGAAGCUAUCCCUCCAUAUACACAGCCCUCUCCUGAGGUGGAGCUGGUUUCUUCUUCACUUGAUAUUACAGGAAUACCAGAUCAUAUCCACUUUGCAGAAGAAAAGGAAUCAGCCUCAUAUGAAUUAAGCACCCUUGGGGCUGACAUCAACAACACCUCACUAGUGGUGGAAGACGUUCAUUUACCUGAACCAAGUGUUUCACCUUUCAUCAAAGAAAGGGUGUUAGACAGCCCACCUAAACAACAAAGCCCAGGUCUCUCCUCAGAGUCGGAGUCCACACGGUUCACCUGCCUACAAACCUAUAGCUCACUCACCUGUACAGAGAGUGGAAAACCACCACUCAAAGUUGGAAGUGAAACCAGAGAGAAGCUUACUGAAAACAUGGCGCAUCACGUUCACAGAAAGAGAACUCCUUCUCCGCCUAUCACCAGGUUCACCCCUGUACAUAUUAUAGCCCCUGAGAAGCCAUACAGACAGUGGCAAAACAGAAACUAUAGCUGUGCUCAGGUGGCAGCAUCCCCGCUGACUGGUAAUUUAAAAAAUCCAGUGACAAAGAGGGAAAGCCCCAAUGUUGCCCCCAUUGACAGUUAUAGCCAGGCCCACUGGUUCAGGCUGGAAAGGGAACUGGAGAUGGAGAGGGAAAGAGAGAAGAAGAGGGAGGAGCGGAUGUGUGGGAAGGGGGAGGGAAGGCAGCAGGACGCCAGUUACAGAGGGGAACAGGUUGAGCUGUCAUUCAGUGCCAGGAAUAGAAAAGGGCCUGUGAGUCGCAGUACAGCAACCACAAGCAGAGAGACCCAUCAGGGAAUGCCAACAGUGAAUUCCUACUCAGAGAACUUGCUUGCUACCGGACAGCUACAGCAACAACAGAGUCUGUUCAGAGCCCAGACUUCCCAGCAAGACACCAGAGGAGGUGGUCUCAGCAGGAGAAUACAGCCCACUGUACCCCAUAACAGGAGCACUCCUCUUGGACGAGGGGCCACAAACAGGCCCCGCCAAAGUUCCAGCUCCAGCAUGGGAAGUGAGCUGGAUGAAGCAGAUGAUGAGGUGAAGUGGUUUACAGACCUAGCUUUCCGCAGCCUGUCAAGCCCUGAUGUAGAUUAUCUGGACAUGUACAACUCCAGCCACCAUUCAUCAACCAAUAUCUCCCAGCCAUCUACUCAGGAAAGCCCAGCUGGGGCAAAUGCUGCCUUGCUGGCCUACGCUGACUUAAGAGGAUCUGCUCCAAGGCUUGACAAUGAGGAGUUCUCAUUCCAGCCAUCUUGUCCUUAUUACACAGAUGGUCUAGACCCAGCAAAGCGCUAUGAGAUGGGAAGCUUUGAGUGUGUGGAUGUGGCUGUAGAGAGAGAGGACUCCAAGAAGGGCAAAAGAGGAGUGCCAAAGAGACAGAUUCAACUGAAGAGAAAGAAUACUGCUGAGAUGAAGCAGGAUGAGAGCAGUGAAAGUAGUAGCCCAGUAGUUUCUGUGAUGCCAGAAAGUCCUUCUUUCCAGAGGUGCUCUAAAGAGACCUUUUUAAGACAGCACAGUACACCAGCUUCCAUGCAAGAGUCCUACCACUCCCAGCCCAGCCCUGAGCCAGUUGAAAAUAACAGCAGAAAAUGUAAACUUCAGAAGUCUGCUUCUCUGGAUGAGACGUGUACAAGGACCAAGAUGGCCACAUGUCUCAUCAAGAGUGUGUUGUCCAAGAAGAUGCAAAGUUCUGAUAAACAAACUGAGGAGCAGAAAAGCAAAGAUGUCACUCCCCCAUCUGUGGACAAAACUCUAGCCCAGGAGAGUCAAGGGGCACUACUUAAAAAUUCCCCCAGUGAUGACACAUGCAAUCUAAGCUCCAGUUUUCCCUCAGACCGCAGUAUUUCAUCUUGUGAUUUUCGUAUGGGAAGAGAAGCAAGCACUAAGGAUAAUGCCAGACCGCAGAAAAAUGUUGGAGUAAAAUGCAAUGACAGGCUGAGUCCAAAUAUCAGCAAUGACAGUUUUACCUUGCUACAGCCUAACAGUGGCGGGACUGAGUCUCAAAGAAGGCGUGCAAUGUCAGGAAAAUCUGAAAUUAGGUCGGAACUGAUGGUGCCAUUUGACAGUAAACAAAUCACAACAGAAAAUGUCCCCUGGACUGGAGGAAAGCAAGCAGAUGAGAAUAAAAGAUGGGAGGAAACUGAGGAUGAUGACUCAGCAAAUACCUUGGCCAGAAAUACAGGAGCUCCUUUUGCCACUGGAGCCAGCGACAUGCUAGCCAGAAUGACAAACAGAGAUGAGGAAUGCGUGAUCAUUGACACAGAAGGCCAUAAACAACUGCAACAGAGUCAAAAGAGCACCUACAUGUCAAAAACACCAGAGAUUACCCUCAAUGCCAGUCCUACUGUAGAGAAAAAGAAAGCCUCUCUCAAGGUCUCUCUCACACCUGAGAUGGAAAAGAAAUCUGAGCACCAUGAAGCUCCUUCACCUGAAAUUCAUUUCAGGGAGAACAAAGAAAAGGUAGAGGCCAGAAAAGAUAGGAAAAUAGAGGAAGAAGAAGGAAGUGAGGAUAGCAAAGCUAAAGUCCCGAUCCAUAAAGUGAGAGAUGUUCGGAGACUUGUAAAAAAUACGUAUAAUUUGUCAUUCAAAGCAACAAGUGCAGUGAUGCCAUCACUUGAGAGUAGGAAAGGGACAGAAAAUAAAAAAGAAACAGAUGAGGAAUGCAGGGAAGAAGUAAAAGAGGACAGGAUGACUGAGAAACGUGAGGAAAGGAGGGAGGCAAGGCAAGAGGUAAGGGUAGGGGAAGCUGCAGAGGAAAGGAAUGAGGUGAGGAGGGAGGAAAUAAGUGAGGAGCUCAGGGAGGAGAAGAAAGAGGAGUGUAAAGAUGCAAAGCUGCCAACAUUAUCUCCAUCUCUGCAAAGAAAAGGAAAGCCUGCAUCUCGCCCACAACCAAUGCAGAUAGAAUGCAAAGCUGUUUGCUGGAAAGAAGACAAGAGCAAAAUGACAGCCAGAAAGACAGAAAAAGAUAACUCAGGUGACAAACGGCAAGAUUCUCCACAGCUGUCCGCUGACAUUGCCGGAGAGCCAGAGAAUAACUCUUAUGCAAAUAUGUGUAGUUACACAACAGGGGAUGCAAUAACAGUAAAGCCGUCUCAACCUGACGCUGCCAUGGCAGCAGAAACACAUGGUGCUGGUGACAUGAAAACUCCCAAAGUGCAUGAAAAUGAGGGUAAACCUGAGAUGUUCAGAGGAGACAAAAAAACCCCAAUGCUGAGGAAUCUCCCCAAACUCCCCAGUAAGGACAGAGAGGUGUCCACUGCUGUGGUGGUGAUAAGAGAUGGAUCCAGCAAGACCAGAACACCUGUGUCCCCCACCCAGGAUGAGCUUCCCAGCCCACUCCAAGAUCCAUCCACGUUACCCACUCUUCAGGCUGCCUCUGGCACUAUCUCUGGCAGUGGGGGCCACUCGGUUUCCAUGUUAUUAAAGGAAAAGGGCUACCAAGCUGACAUUGGAGCAGUAGUCGGUGAGGGUCAGAGUAUGGCUGGAGGUAAAGGGGUCCCCCAUAAGCAUGUGAACCGCUUGGAGGUCCCCGUCCAGACCUGCACGUACCCAGAAGGAGAGCUGAGUGAGUCUCGGAGGCUGAGGACAUUCUCUUCAUCCUCCUCCAAGUCUGGCCCAAUCACUGACAGCACAGAGACCAUCCCAAAGAACAGAGAAGAAGAGAGGUUUGGUGUAAGACCUACAGUAAAAGACAUGACAAAGCAAAAUAAUGGCUCUCAUCCCAAAAAUACACAGCAGCAAAUCAAACAGAAAGAACAGGGAGAUUUUGAAGCAGUGAAGAGACAAGAUCCAACUUUUCCUCCAAGAUCCCCUGCACUGAGGAGAUUUAGACCUCAGCCAAUCGAGGUGAAAUCUCUGUCCAAAGAAGCACAGAAACCAGAUAUGCCCACAAACAGCUUGCCAAGUGGUAGGCCUCAAACAAUUGAGGUAAAGUCCAUAGCAAACAACUCUCAGAAACCUGUUGUGCCACCAAAACCAAAUUACAAAUUCAAACCAGCAGAUUUUGAAACACAUAAAUCAGCAGAGGCAACUUUAAGUACAAAAUCACAGGGUGAAGAGAGGCCUCAGACAAUAGUAGUCUCCUCACCAACAAUCUACAGAAAACUCUCCAAUGACAACACAUCAGCAUCAAACUAUACAAGGAAAAUAGCUGUUUCCACAGUCUCCAGCUGCAGACCUCCAGCAAGCAAAACAACAUCAUCCACAAUCCCAAGUCCAUCAAACAGAUCAGCAGCAAAAUCAGAGACGGAGGCAUCAAAUGACAGAGCUCUGCAGCACCAGCCUGGCACCUCAUCUCAGAGCUCCAGAUAUACACAAAGACCAACAACUUCAACCACAACACUGACAUCAGCCACAGGGACAGGUCUAACCUCGGUUCUAGGUCCUGUCCCUGGCCUGCCAGCAAACCACGUCCCUGGACCUGCCUCUGUUGUAGCCAGCCAGUCAAGCCAGUCAGCUGUUAUGGAUCUACACAGCCAACCACAGUAUCCCAGGACAUCAUGUCCUCAAGACCAAGCUAUGCUUGCAAAUACUGACAGUACAAAAAAACCUGCACCUGUAUCCACAACACAAGUUGCAGGAUUCACAUGCGCACAACAGAGCUGCCACAGAUCACUGUCCAGUGAGCGUUCCCAGAGACCGGACAACCUUGCUUUUUAUGCAUCAGAUGACCCACCGAGCUAUGAUGAGAGGGAGAGCUUCAGUCCCCUCACGCUGCCAGAUUUGACCUUCAGGAAGGCAAAUCACUACCAACCCUCCACCCGCCCACCCCCAUGCUCCUGCACUACUGGCUGCCCCACCCACCCUGCCCUCAACCCUCCUCACCACCACCACCACAGCCCCCACAACCUCACCCCCCCUGCACCUUCACACUCCCCCGGACAGUCACUGUCUUACCCCAUGGCCCAGCCCCCCCAUCUCCGUCCUAAUCAGUGCAGGCCCGAGCUCCAGCCUAUGAGCUACCAGCCCAGCUCUCCAAAAUCGAGUCCCUUGGGUUCCAGCCAGCCACCAUCCAUGUUCCCACCCCUCCAUCAGCCCACUGCCUGUCCUCCACACCCUUCUUUCAUGCCAUCCUGCCCUGCUGACCGCCCAUUGCAGCCACCGCAACAUAUGGACCCCCGGCGCCCACCUAUCCACCGUUCUCCCCAGCAGCAGCCACCAGGGAUGGGCGGAGGCCCUUACAGUGAUCAUGUGCAUAGCCAUUCUCCUGGCCUUCCACCUCUGGACCCCCAGUAUUUGUGUGCACCUCAGAAUCUGGGGACGUCCUAUGGCUCAGAGUAUGGGGGUGAUAGCUCCAGCCUGUACUCUGAAAGCAACUAUGGGCAGACACCUCGCAGAGUGCUCAUGGAUCCUGAAACUGGGAAGUACUUCUAUAUUGAGGUGCCUGUGCAACCACUGAGGAAAAUGCUGUUUGACCCAGAAAUGGGACAAUAUGUGGAGGUGCUCAUCCCACAGCAGGCCAUGUCUCACUCGGGCCUCUAUCCUCCCUCUGCAGCCCCGUAUCCCUCCCUCCACAACCCCAAUAUGUACGGGCCUCCCCAACAGUAUCUGCCCUAUGUAGCUCCACCACCCCCACCACAUCCCCAGCCACCCCGCCAUCCUGAUGCCUCUGGCCCUACAACAAUGCACCAGAAUGGGGCUGGGGCUAGUUAUGGGGGUCCGUCCGGGCAAGGGUCCAAGCCAGAGCCCCAGACCCAUCCACCAUUAGACCAGAGCUACCUGGAAGGUAUGUACUACGUUCCUACUGGGAUGAAUGCAAGCCCCAAUCCCACGCCGCCAGACUGCUACCACAAACAUCCCCCAGGCCUGCCAAACACAGGGGGGAAAAGGUCCUGA